AUGGUACAGUACUUUGACCAAGCUGCGAGACUGGUCCUUAAGUCACUGAUGACCUCGACCCCCGGAUGUAACUCUUGUGCUCGCGUACAGGUACAAACAUAUCAAUGCUGUAGCUUAACAUCAGUUGGUAAAAAGUUGCUUGUUUUCUUUGAUUCAAUUUAUAUGUUUCUAUUUACCUUUGGGCACCAUAACAUACCAACAAUGCAGUUACAUGCUGUUAUAGUUAUUCAUUCCUUGGUAAAAAAUUGUGGCCUAGACAAAAUAUCACCUUUUGGGGAAUCAAUUAUAGCUUCAUUACUUGCACUUCUUAAGCAUGAAAAACAGAAGUUACAAGUUGAAGCUAUUGACACCCUGAAAUCGUUUGCAGUUUUAAUGCCGGGAACUUUUCGCCAAAAUCAUUACGAUACAACAUUGGAAGGAUUGAAAGUAUUUGUGUUUGAUAAGAAUAAUUUACCUAGAUUCUUGCUCUUUGCCAAAUGUCUAGAAUGCAUGGUAUAUCUUGUUAGGGAAGUUGGGCCAGAUAAUUUUGAAGAGCAGGAAGUUGUUCAGGUCAUGGAAUCUGUUAUAUCACUUGAAGAAAAAUUGAGCAAUACAGAAUACUUUACAAAAUGUUUCAUCUUAAAGGUUCUGGAUCAAAUUUGUCGAUGCCCAAGAGUGAGUAUUGACAAAUAUUUAGAUAAAAUUAUGCCAAUGUUGCUUGGAUCUGCUCAAAUCCAUCUGGCCUUUACUGUCGAUAAGCUCAAGGAUGAUUAUGAAAAGAGUUUGGUUGAAACUAUGAUAGUUUGGGCCUGUAAUACAUUGUCAUAUUGUGCUGUUCGGUCAUCUAUAAACUUUUUCCCCAACAUAGGCAAGGUCACUGCAUUGUUUACGCGCUUGCUUGGUUGUUCUAGCUUUCAAAUACGCAAGGCUUCUGUUUUAGGUCUUCCAAACUUAUUACUCUCACUUAAAGUAGGUGAUAAAAAUAUUGAUACUAAAAGUGGUUUGACUUUCUUCAUUGUGAAAUCUCUGAUUGAAGUGUUGAAGAAGGAAACUGACAGGGUUUUGUAUGCAAUUGUAUGGAGCUUACUUGCCAGAUGCAUUCAGACCUCGAGUUCAUAUUUCAAUGAUAAAUUGAUCAAGGUUAUUGCUGACGAGAUAGAAGAUACAAUAAAAAUGAUAAUUGAAAUUGAAAUAACAAAAGCACAAGAAGUGGAGACUUCAGAAGGUAGAUGUGAAUCUUUACCAACAGAAGAUAGACUUCAGGGGGUAGUUAUCUUGAUAACGACUACAAUUGACACCUUUAAAGAUCGAUUCAUGCCAUAUGUUGAUGACCUCUUGUCAAAUGUUGUCGUGUUUUUGGCCGAUGACAAUUCAGAUAGGCUGAUAGCUUUUGCAAUUUCCAUUUUUAAUGUUAUCUUGCCACUAUUCCCAGACAAAUUGCCGCAGUAUCGUGACAGAUAUAUUUUAGCCUCCUGUUUUGCAUUAAGGACAGAGUAUCCUUGUUCCGAGCUGCAUGCUACACGGGCGAUUGGUAUUUGUGCUAUGUAUGGAGGAGAUCAAUUUAAAGCCUCAGCUUGUGAGAGUAUCUUAAGACUAUACAAUGUCAUGGGUAAAAAAAGACUUUCAACUAGCGAUUCAUAUGAAGAUAGAGAUGUAAAUAUAUCAUGCGAUACCGCAGUUGCAGCUCUUGGAAAAAUCUUUGAGUUUCAUCAUGAGAUUAUCGGCCCGAAGCAGGCGAUUCAAAAAUGGUUAAACUUCUUGCCAUUGAAGCAUGAUUUCAACGAAGCUAGAUAUGCACACGGGCUGCUUUCUAAAUUAAUACAAAGUUCGGAUGAAUACCUAUUUGGAAGUGAUAACGAGAAUCUUGCCAAGAUCAUUUCCAUUGUAAAAGAAAUUUUAUCUGGACCCGACAGACUGGGAAGUGAGGAAGCUAUUAAUCAGAUGAUUGACUUCAUAGAUCAGCAUGGUGGAGUGGAAGUUGAAAUAGAAGGUUAA